AUGGGUGAGGUUACAAAGAAAAGAAUGUAUAUCUUAGGAAUGGAAGGGAGUGCUAAUAAGUUAGGGAUUAGUAUCAUCGAUGAAGAGAUGAAGAUACUUGUAAAUAUGAGAAGAACUUAUGUUUCAGAAAUUGGGUGUGGUUUUAUUCCUAGAGAAAUAAAUGCUCAUCAUAAAUAUUAUAUAAUUGAUAUGAUAAAAGAUUGUUUAAAUAAAUUAAAAAUAAAAAUAACAGAUAUAGGAUUAAUAUGUUAUACUAAAGGACCUGGUAUAGGUUCAGCAUUAUAUGUAGCAUACAAUAUAUCAAAAAUAUUCUCUUUACUUUUUAAUAUACCUGUUAUAGGAGUAAACCAUUGUAUUGCUCAUAUUGAAAUGGGAAUUUUUAUUACAAAAUUACAACAUCCUAUUAUUUUAUAUGUUAGUGGAAGUAAUACACAAAUUAUUUAUUAUAAUGAUUAUAAAAAAAAAUAUGAAAUAAUUGGAGAAACUUUAGAUAUUGCUAUUGGUAAUGUUAUUGAUCGAUCUGCUCGAAUUUUAAAAAUUUCAAAUUCACCAUCCCCUGGCUAUAAUGUAGAAUUAUGGGCUCGAAAAAAAAAACUUUUAAGACUGUUACGCAAAAUGGAGGAAAGGGAAAAUGGAAGCCCAAUUCAUACAAACGAUGGCAACAACGAGAGCGAUGUUUUGACUUCCAAUUCAAAGGAUGUCUCUUCAUCAAAGCUUAGUAAAAAAGAAAAUGCAUCACAAUCUUUAUAUUACAAUGAACUACUACAAUUCCCUUACACAAUCAAAGGUAUGGAUAUAUCCUUUAGUGGUUACGAUUUUUAUAUUAGUAAGUAUUUUUCAAAAUAUAUAAAUAAAAAUAGUAAAAAAGGUAAUCCACAAUAUAAAAAAAGUAAUAAGAAAAAAGGAACUAGCCAAAUUACUAAAGAAGAAGAUAAUAAUAAAAAACAAAAAAUAAAUGAUGAUACUUCUUCACAAAAUGAUGAUAUAGUCUUAGAAGACGAACUAGAUCAAGAUUCCACAGAUAGUGUUGACGAUUCUAUUAAAAAUAAUAACAAGAUUAAUCAUAAUAAACAAACAGAAAUAGAUAAAAAUAAUGUAAUGCCUAAUUAUAAUUUCCUACAUGGAAUGAAAGGAAGUUCAUAUUACGAAGAUAAUAUUAUUUAUAAAAAUGAAAAUAAACAAAAUUAUGGUCAAAAUAAUGAAUACUAUGAUGAUAAUUGUUCUAUAGAAACGAGCUCUGAUUAUUAUGAAAAAGAUUUAGAUGAAAUUUCAGCAGAUGAGAUUGAAGCUACUAAAUUAACUGAUGAAGAAAAAAGAAAAAUUCAAAUAUGCUAUAGUUUACAACAUCAUAUAUUUAGUAUGCUUAUUGAAAUAACAGAAAGAGCUAUUUCAUUUACAAAUAGUAAAGAAGUAAUUAUUGUAGGGGGUGUAGGAUGUAAUGUAUUCCUUCAAAAUAUGAUGAAAAAAAUGGCAAAACAAAAAAAUAUAAAAAUCGGAUUUAUGGAUCAUAGUUAUUGUGUUGAUAAUGGUGCUAUGAUUGCUUAUACUGGAUACUUAGAAUAUUUAAAUUCGAAAAAAAAAGAAAAUUUCAAUUUUGAAAAUAUAUCUAUUCAUCAGCGUUACCGAACAGAUGACGUCUUUGUCACGUGGCGAUAA